AUGAUCCAGUUUUUGCUUCUCCGAGGGGCCAAUGCUGAAAAGGCGUACGGCAAGCUACCAUGGACACUACUACAGGCAGCGACAAUGGGGAGAUACCCAGAUUCUGUUGGCAUUGCGCACUGCCUUUUGCACCAGGGAGCUGAUAUUGAAGAGUGCUCAGAACAGGAGCGCAGGACACCCCUUCAAAUAGCAGUCGAUAACCGUGACCACGAAAUGGUCAAACUUCUCGUUGGACUCGGAGCAGAUAUUGAUGCCCGCUACGCUGAGAGUGCACACACUCCGAUCGGAAAGGUGAUCGGGUACGGGGAUCUGGAUAUGUUCAACACCCUUCUUGGACGCCAUGUGGAAAUGGAGUACUGCUCUCCUGGGCGUACGUUACUACAGAUUAUUGUAGAAAUGCAACCCCCAAACUCUGUGGGCAUGGCGAGGCGGCUUUUAGCCUCAGGUGCCAAGAUCGAUGGAUACACAUACGAGGAGCCUAGAACGCCGUUGCAGAUAGCGGUAGGAAUAGAUGAUAAGAAAAUGGCCCUGUUUCUGAUAGCCCACGGAGCAAAUAUUGAAGGAUGCUCUGCGCGCGCUCUAAAGACACCAUUGCAGAUGGCGGUCGAAAAGCAAUCCAAGGAGAUGGUGUCGAUUCUUUUGAAUGGGGGAGCACGCCCGCAUGGCUGUACUCCAGGAUAUCAGUGUCCAAUGCACAUGGCGGUAGUGGCCGGGUCGGAGGAGCUUGUGGGGUUACUUUCAAUUAAAGGGGUCAAUCCUUCUGAGGUCUGUUAUCAAGAUACGACUGAUUAG